AUAAUAUGAAAUAUCUUUUUUGAAACGAGUGUUAUAGUAUGUAUGAUUACGCUUAUUUAUACUAAUUUAUAUAAUGUUAAAUUUUAAUUAAAUGUAUGAGUGCAUUCUAAUAUUCUAAUAUGUUGAAACAAUGACUUUGUAUUUUGACAUACGAGUGCAAAAUCCUGAAAGUGCUUCAAUAAGCACUCUUGCAAUUUGGCACAAUAAUUAUCCCCUAUUAGCUGUUGCUGCGUAUUCUCAAGACAAAGGUGGCUUUGUAAUCAUCUAUGAUGAUCAAGGUGAACUCGUGCAGGAUAUCGAAUCACCGGGACACCCAGUGGCACAAGUCACAUCUCUUGGCUGGCAUCCAGAGAAGACGUGGCUAGCGACAGGAUGGGAAAACGGAGAUUUAAGAGUAUGGCCAGGGGACACUGGAACUCAGGAGUUCAAUAUAAUAGUAACCCCUCAUCGAGAUAUCAUCACGAUUCUGCAAUGGAGUCAGUAUGGUGGUUGCUUAGUAUCUGCAGAUACUGGUGGAUCUAUAGUUGGAUGGAAGAUAGAUUCCAGAGGACAGCUAUUCAUGACAUUUCAUCAUGAACUAAAAGAAUCUUUUUCACAAAUUGUAUUUAGGACAGUUCCGCUAAAACCAGUUGUUGAUGUUAGUGGUUUGGCAAAGGCAACAGUGGCUGGGGAUGAGAGAGCCUGGGAUAUGUUCAGUUCCUGGCGUCCAAGAACAGCUGCACCAACAGCAGUUCCAGUACAACGGGACAAUCAUUCGUUUUAUAUUGGCACUGUAAAUGGUAUCAUAUACUAUGUUGACGUUCAAGGACAAUGCAAGGAAGUUCUUAGUACUGAUGGUGCAGUGUUGCACUGCUUAUUGUAUCAUCAAAACAGAGAUUCUAUCAUUGUUAUGACAGAAGGAUUGAACAUCGGGCACUUUCAAGCAGAUUCAAUCACUGGAGAGCUCACCGAAUUAACAAAGGUAAAACUAAGUGGCAGAAAUGAUACAUCACGUACCACUAGUACCACCUUAUGCUGGAUUAGCAGAAAUACAUUGGCUGUACUCACAGGAGAGCUCGCUGUACGGUGCUGGGAUAUUCACACAGGCGAUACGUACAUUCUGUCGCCUCCGAAUUCAUCUAAUGGAAAUGUCGCCACUCCUCAGGAAAUAUGUACUAGCUUGGCAUUUUGCAAGGCAAAUGACACUUUGGCCGCCGGCACCAAUCUAGGUACAAUCUACUUAUGGAAGAGAAAAUGUGUGCUUGAUUGCGAUGAGAAUUCCUGGCCGAAAAUCCCAGAGACCUGUGCGAUUCACGGCACAGUAAAGCAACUGGAAUGGGGUGUUAGUUUAUCACGGAAUUCUCUCCUGGCUGUUAACUGUAUUACCAAUGUGUUCAUCUUGCAUCAACAGCCAAUGUGCGCCGUGUACAAUAAUAGUGUUUGCGCGAGUCAGCUCACUCCGACACAGAUUCUGCUUGAGAUGGACGAACAGACAUAUAUUCUAAAAACGGAGAUCCAGGUGCAGAUUAUCGCUGUAUCAAGAGAAUACAUCGUCGUCUCUUCUGGAAGACAAAUCGUUGUCAAUUGUAUUAAUAAAGGCGCCAAUCUUAAUACGAAUGUAUUGACAACCUUCAACUGCGACACGGAAAAGAUAUUGAUCUACGAACACACAUUGAUCGUGUUGACUCCAACGAUCAUUCAGUUGAGAUCCAUAGAAGGCUCUAUUAUUCAGACACUUCCCACUUUACCGGAGGAGGGCGAACCAAUCACGAUGGAAUUGACAGGGCAUUAUUUAACGGUAGCAUCAUUAAAUGGCAUUCUGAAGAUUUGGAAUCUGAGCAAACACGAGGCUAAGCUACACACCCGCGCCAUGGCGACAUAUGAGGCGAUUAGCGAUUUUGCCGAAAUCAUUGAAGCUAGAUGUAAUUCGGAUUGCCGUUGCGUCUCAAUCACUGUUGCCAUGGCAAAUCUCAUGCCCAGUUCGAUUUUAUACAUUUGGGAUAUUGAAAGCGAUCAGAUUUAUGAAUUUGACUUUGGAGAGUCAGACGACAUCGUUGAUGAUGACACUGUGUUAACUGCACAAUGCAAAGGAAGAUUAGUAACAGCGCAUUGCUGGGACGUUGAGGAUCCCAGACUAUUAGUAUGUCGAGCUCAAAAAUUAGAAAAACGUGAUUCUAAAAGCUUCAAUAAGGACAAUGAUUGGAUUGUACAAACCUCUGUGGUGUUAGUAUCGUUAUUCGCGACAUCGGAUCACGGUAUCGUUGUACAGGAUGUGAAGCCAAUUACUGAUGAGAAUUGCCGAUUAUUAGGUGUACACUCGCCACAUAUCAUUAUUUUAAAUUCCGAAAAGAGCUUGGAUAGAUGUAGCAAGAUUAUGCAAUUAUUAAUGAGAGACUUUGAAGAACUAGGAGAGUGCGAUUCUAUCACCAGAAAAGCGGUGAUGGAUUUCAGUUUUCAUAUUAGUGUGGCGAACAUGGAGGAAGCCUUUAAAGCAAUUAAAUCUAUAAAGAACGAAGCUGUCUGGAAGAGUCUGGCCAAGAUGUGCGUAAAAACAAAGCAACUGAACAUGGCUCUUCUUUGCCUGGGUCACAUGAAGCAAGCUAAUGCUGCGCGGGCUUUACGUGAAGCAAUGCAAGAUGAUACUCUAAGCUUAGAAGCACAAGUAGGAAUUUUAGCCGUCGAACUUGGCCUUCAUACUGAUGCUGAACGUCUAUUUCGAGAAGCGAAACGUCUAGAUCUGCUAGGACGGUUAUACGAAGGGCGGAAUAAGUUUAAGGAGGCAAUCGAAUUAGCUAGUAACGAGAAUAAAAUCCGUGAAAAAACAAGUUACUAUAAUUAUGCUCGUGCAUUGGAGCAGCAGGAUAGAGUGGCAGAAGCUAUCGAUAUGUACACGAAAGCCGAUUGCCAUCGAUUUGAAGUGCCUAGAAUGCUUUUGAUGAGACCCCGAGAGUUACUCACAUAUCUGAAUAAUUCCGAAGAACCGGAGAUUAAAAAUUGGCAUGCUCAGUAUACUGAAUCGACCGGCGAUAUGGAGACCGCUUUACAUCUUUAUGAGCAAGCAAAGGAUACUCUGUCGAUGACGAGGUUGCUUUGUUAUUUCGAUAGAGAGAAUGAAGUGUGUGAGCUAGUAACUAGAACAAAUCACUCUGCAGCGGCAUAUCAUCUUGCUGCGCAUUAUGAAUCGAAGAAUAAUGUGGUACAGGCGAUUCAUUUCUAUACAAUUGCUAGAGCUUAUACUAAUGCAAUACGGUUAUGUAAGGAGCACGACAUGCUGGAAGAACUGUGGCCACUGACUAUAUUAGCGCCACGGAACUCGCAGAUAGAUGUCGCCAAAUUUUAUGAGAACAAUGAUCAACCGGAUCGUGCAGUACUGUUAUACCAUAAAGCUGGUCUCUUGCAUAAAGCUUUAGACGUCGCGUUCAGAACGCGACAGUACAGUGCGUUGCAACUAAUUAUCAUGGACGUAAAUGCGGAUUCUGAUCCGGCAUUAAUUCACAAGUGCGCCGAUUAUUUCAUGCAGAACGACCAAAUUGAUAAGGCAGUGGAUCUACUCGCGACCGGCAGAGAUUAUAUGGCGGCUUUGGAUCUGAUCCAGCAACAUAAUGUCGUACUAAACGAAGAACUCGCAGAAAAGCUGACGAUUGAAAAAGGGAGCGACGACGACGCAGAGCGCGAGCGUAUGAGAAUUUCUACGCUUGAGAAAAUCGCAGAGAUUACCUUCGAUCAGGGAAAUUAUCAUCUUGCAACUAAGAAAUUCACGCAAGCUGGCAACAAGUUACGCGCCAUGAAAGCAUUGCUUAAAUCUGGAGACACUGAAAAAAUCUGCUUUUUCGCGCAGGUUUCGAGGAACCGCGAGAUCUACAUCAUGGCGGGCAAUUAUUUGCAAUCUUUGGAUUGGCAAAAUCAACCAGAGAUUCUAAAAAACAUAAUUAAUUUCUACUCCAGGGGUAAAGCCAUGGAUUUAUUGGCGAAUUUUUAUGUGGCAUGCGCGCAAGUGGAGAUCGACGAGUUUCAGAAUUAUGAAAAAGCGUUGGACGCAUUGAACCAAGCGAAUAGGUGUUUAUCCAAGGUGGUGACGCCGCGAGAUCCAGAUGUUCACAAACGGGCAAUAGAGUUGGUAAACAAUAGGAUGUCGGCAAUUAAACGCUAUUUGGAUAUUAAAAGAUUGUUUGAUAGAGGUGAGACAGAAACGGCAAUGCAACAGGUUCGUCAUCUGCUCGACUCUCAAGGACCCAAUUUAGAACAGUCAGUGCGUCGCGGCGAUCUGUUCGCAACGAUUACACAGCAUUAUGCCAAUAUAGGGGACACAGAGAAAGCUUGGGCGACCAUCGAAGAACUAAAACGUCUAGUGCCAGGAAUCAAUUUGACUUACUACUUUAAUAUAAAUCUUCUAGAAGCAUUGGGCUAUAAAAUGAAAGUGCAGCGACAGGACAGUUCCGACAAGGAUGAUGGAAUCGAAGAGCUCCUGGGAGAGUAAAACUUCAUUAAAAUCGACUUUAAGAGAAUGCUGGAGUGAUGAUCGAAUUUGAUCGAUGUCAGUAGUACAGACUUCUUAAAUUUCAAUUUUAAAAUAUUGUAAGAAAUAAGCGACAACACGAAAAAAAAAAUUAGGUUCCUCCGAGAUUCGAACUGAGAUCUGAUCUCCUUCAUAUAUUAUAGUAAAUAUGAAGGAGAUCAGAUCUCAGUUCGAAUCUCGGAGAAACCUAAUAUUUUUUUUCGUGUUGUGCUUCCGUUCUGCCACCGAGACGUACAGCCCUGAUGCUGAUAGCUUCUCUGUUGUGCCUAUUUUCUCUAAAUUUCUUACAAUGUUAAUAAUCGUAAUAUCAAGUAAUUCAUUUCUUACAUUAUAUUGCUUUGUCUCAUUUAAACACAUACUAUUCUAUUCUCUAUAAUUUGCAAUUGAAUAUAAAUUUUUUUUUAAGGUUUCAAUCUUAGUACCAUAAGCUCAGAUAAUUCGCUCACGUGGAUAGUGCAAUAUUAUUUGUCCAUAUAAACUAUUGAACUUUUGUAUUAGGGAAACAUCUAUGUCAGGUGACAUCUCUAUGAAUUGAAAAAAUGUAAAUUUUUAACUUUCCUUUCGCUUUUAAUAUAUAUCAACUGCCCCGUCUCCUAACUUUGCAUCUACUUCAAUCUUGUAAAAGGAUUUUUUAUUUCUCAGUCCAUUCGGAGAUUUUUACACGGCUAUAAUGUGUCCAUAAUUUCGUUACUCCAGUAUCCUUUAAACUGCUUAAUAAAUUUGUACAUAAAAAGUCCCGGUAAGCAUAUAAUAUAGUAUAUUUAUUAUUCGUUAAUCGAUCCAGGA